CAAAAAAAUUCAGAUGAGAUUGUAAUGCAAGCCCAAAACACUUCAGGCCCAUAGUUUGCCAUUUGCAGGUUGAGUCGAACUGAACUCAUCUCGCCGGAAAACGAAAGGCUCACCGGUAACCGCUACGGAGUUUCUUAUCGGAAUUCAAAACAGUGAGAAUCAAUCACAGAAUUUUGUGGCGAAGAUGUACGUGUAGCUCAAACUGAAAAUCUUGAAACUGUUAGUCUCUGAUGGAAAAAGGCAAUGGCUGCUGCUUCUCUAGUGUAUCUUCAGCUGCUGUUCUUUCAAGUGUCGCUUUUCUUGUCGUCUUGAUCUUUGUUCGAGUUCUUCAUGUCAUAUAUUGUAGUGGAAGGCCCUUGAGCAAAAGAGGAUCAAAACCUGUUAGUACUCUUAUUAUUUUAGGAUCAGGGGGUCAUACUGCGGAGAUGCUUAAUCUAUUGGCUGUAUUACAAAAAGAUAGGUUUAAUCCAAGAUUCUACAUUGCUGCUGCUACUGAUAAUAUGAGUCUUCAAAAAGCUAUGUUGUUGGAAAACUCCCUGGCAUCUAAGAUUUUAAUGCAGAGUGGAACAGACGUUGCUAAUACUGCACAGUUCAUGAAGAUUUAUCGAAGUAGGGAAGUUGGUCAAUCAUAUAUAACCUCUGUUUGGACAACUUUAAUUGCUUUAGUCCAUGCAUUAUGGCUUAUGAUUAAAAUAAGGCCUGAAGUGAUACUUUGCAAUGGACCUGGAACUUGCAUUCCCCUUUGUGCUAUUGCCUUUAUAUUUAAGGUACUUGGAAUCAGAUGGUCCUCGAUUUUCUACGUUGAGAGUAUCGCAAGAGUGAAAAGGCUCUCCUUGAGUGGCUUGCUCCUGUACAAGUUGUGGAUGGCUGAUCAAAUUUUUGUUCAAUGGCCACAGUUGCAACGACAAAAUCCCCGAGCUACCUACGUUGGUAGACUCAUGUAAUCAAUUGAUAGAUUUGUAUUCUGUAAUCAACAAACUUCAAGUUUUGCUUAUAAUAUUUCUAUAAAGCAAGAUAUUCAGAGCUUUAAUUGUUUGCAUAACAGGAUAAGUUCAUAUAAGUGAACUCUUUAGUCGUU